AGGUUAUGAAUUGAUCAUUCGGUGUAAAGUUCCAUCCCGGUCGCGUGACCGUAAUUUUAGUUAUUUUUCUAAAGUGUUGUGCCGUUUUCCGUUUGAAUAAUGUCAAAUUCAUCGAGUACAGGUCUACCCUCGCUAACGAAAUGGCAGUUGGCCAUAAUUCUUGGCACUCCGGUUGCUGCUGGCCUCGGAUACCUGUGUUACAAAAACAUGUGCAAAGAACUGUCUCCAGACUCGGCCAAGGAUUCUGAUAAGAAGAAAAUUAAAGAAAAGACUGCAGACACAAUACCAAGACCAAAGACCCCUCUGGAAAUGGCUGUUGAUUUGAAGAUGCGAGGAAAUGAGUUCUUCAAGAAGAAUGACUUUGACAGUGCCCUUAAAAGUUACACAGAAGCCAUUGAAACUUGCCCACCAGAAGAGAAGGAAACUCUUUGCUUGUUUUACCAGAACCGUGCUGCUGUUUAUGACAAAUUGAAACAGCAUGAAAAUGUCAUUAAAGAAUGCACAGCAGCACUAGAGUUAAAUCCAAAAUAUCGCAAAGCAUUGAUCAGGAGAGCAAGUAGUUAUGAAGCCGUUCAGGAUCUGAAGAGUGCCUUGGAAGAUAUUACUGCUGUAUGUAUUUUAGAUAAUUUCUCGGACCAAUCGAUUUUACGGGUUGCAGACAAGCUGUUGCAAGAAUAUGGUAAACGAAAUGCUAAAAAUAUUGUCGACAACAGGAAGCCCACGUUACCAUCUAAGAACUAUGUCAAAACAUACUUAUCAACGUUUUCUUAUGAUCCAGUCCUCUCUAAUUUGGAUUCAUCAACAAAUAAUCAUGUCAGCGACUCAGGAGAUAGUGGUCUUGACAAAGCACUGAGGUUAUUCAAGGAAGAAAAGUAUGAUAAGGUAAUUGAAGCAGCUGAAGAAGAGUUCUCAAGACCUGAAGAAGAUGUAGAUGAAAACCGGAAGAAGCAGGCUGAAUUGUUGAUUGCCACAAUGAACAUUUUCUGUGAUCAACGCAAUAAAGCCUUAGAUCAGUUGACUGCAAUAAUUGAUGCUGAAAAUGUUGACCCAAAGAUUGCUGUAAAUGCUUUGAUCAAACGUGCGGCCCUCUACUUCCAAAGUCAGGAAAUUGAAAAAUGUUAUGAAGACUUUGAAAAAGCUGUCAAAAUCGAUGAAGAUAUAGCUGAUAUUUAUCAUCACAGAGGACAAAUUCACAUUCUUAUGAACCAAAUCAAGGAUGCUAAAAUUGACUUUGCUGUGGCUCUCUCCAAGAACCCAGACUCUCCCAUCAUUGCUGUACAAAAGUGUUACAUAGAUUUCCGAUACGCUCAAGUAAACGAAAGUUCAGCUUUUGCAGAAGAAUGCUUGAAAAACUUCAAGACUUUGAUUGACAAAUAUCCCAAGUGUGUGGAAUGCUACUUCAUGUAUGCUCAGGUCCUCAUGGCGAUGCAAGACUAUGAAAAUGCUGAAUACUACAUCAAGGAAGCCUCCAAGAUAGACCCGACAAAUGCUACGCUCUAUGUUCAUCGAGGACUGCUGAAGUUCCAAUGGACUGGCCGACCAGAGGAAGGAGUUGAAUUCAUUGAAAAAGCUAUCAAGUUGGAUGAUCGUUGUGAAUUAGCUUAUGAAACACUUGGAACCCUCAAAGUUCAAAAUGGAAACCUGGAAGAAGCCAUCAGCUGCUUUGAGAAAGCUCUAGAAAUUGCGAAAAGCGAAGUCGAGAUCACUCAUAUUCUGUCUCUCAAGUUCGCUGCCGAGGCCCAGCUGAACGUAGCCACACGAUUUAACCUCUACAAAAAUAACAGAGUUGUAGUGUCGUAGUGCCUAGAUCUUCAUUCAAGACCUCUAAAUUUUAUUUGUUUCCUAUACUUACAAGUGUAUACAUUAUUGUGUACGUACAGAGAACAAUGUUUUUGCGGUAGGAGCUUUACACUGUUGGGCUGGAAUCAACACCACUCCUGGCGAGGUAACUCUGUAUCCACAUGUUCUCUAAUCUUUAAUUUCUCCUUUUUCUCUCUCUUUGUUAAAUUAAUCUUUACUUCUAACUACUAGCUGGGAUUAGGUAAGAAUUAAUGCGAAGCUCCAUGGAGGAGCUGGAGACCUCCAAUAUUACAAGCAGAGCAAUUCUCUUUUCACACCAUGUUAGCACCAUUACUGUAAGCAGAUAUUUUUGGAAGAUUGCGUUUGCAUUAUUAGGAUAGAUCAGUGAAGAAAAAACAAGAUUUAUCUGAAUGCUAAAUAUCUUUUUUUAGUAGUAUCGGAGAUAUAUUUAGUGAAACUUUAGAAAUGCGUGUCUCAACUGCGGUGUUUCAAAAUCUCUGCCCCUAUUUUUCUUUUACAAAGGAUACCAAACCAGCAUUGUGGCUCGAAAUGCUCACAAAGGACUCUUUAUAUACAGAUGAAAAAUCUCCCAAGUUUUCAAGAAAUGAUGUUGAGUAGUUUUCAUUGUAGAAACUAAACUAUGACAGAAAGUCUUCAACACCGCAAACCAAGCUAUGCGUUUCUGCAGUUUCACCUUUGAUAAAUCUCCUCGAAUAACUAGCAAUAGUGUCUCCAUGGUGCUCUCCACCUUCGUCUUAUUCAUCAAAUUUUUGUGCUCAUCGCUUCAUUUGGACAACUGAAGAGGUAAAUUACAUCACUGAGGUUUUAAAGACUGAUAUUUCCUCUAAUAUCUGAUGAAAAAAUUUAUUGUUUGGAUGGAUCUUACUAUUUUUCACAUCUCAGUUAGAAUCCUCUGUGAAAUGCAAUCUUAUUACGUAGCACGGCCUUCUCAACACUUUCAACAAUGAAGCUUUAACAUUGAUCUUAAUUGUUGUGAUUAGAACUGCUAUAAUGGUUGAAUUGUGAACAAGUUACAGUGUGCACUGUAUUGCAGUUCCUACGUCAAAACUAACUUCGUAUAGCAGGUUUACUUGAAGAUUCUCCAUUUGAUGCAUUCCUCUUGAAAUUUUGCGCUAAGAACAUGUUACCUCUUCAAAUUAUUGAAAAUAAACUUCUUAGUAAUCGGGUUUUCUUUUAUCUCAGAUAUUUCAAAAAAAAGGAACCGGCCCAUUUAUGCCCACCUUUUUCAAACAAAAUUUUGGUAUGAAAACAUAAACCGUAAUUAGUUCAUCAAUAACUUGUCUGCUAGCCCAUUCCAAGGAAGAUGAAAUAGAUUUGCAUUUAUUUUUAAGUCAAACUUAUUCAUUUAUAAUUCUAUGAUUUACUUAUCUAUUCUUUUUUUUUUUUUUGCCUACCAUCUACUCCUGAUGCUAUACUUUUCAAAUCAUUCUAUCAAGAGAAAUUACAUCUUGACGGUGUAGGUUGGCAAUCGCAUAACUUGUUUGCAGUGUCGGAAAAUCUCCGUCUCUAUGUUAUUUAUUUAAAGGAGAACAAAUUGACAUCAUUCCUUGAAGUUUUUGCGGAAUUUUCUUCGCACAGAAUAGAAAAAUCAUGGCAGUUUGAAAGAAUUGCAGUUUAGUAGUCUUCCGCUUAAAAAAUAAAGUAUGAUAGAAAGUCUCUGACGUCGCAAAUCGAGUUAUGUGAUUGUCAACUUACACCGUCGAUUUAUGUACCUCAAAUGGAAAGUUUUGAGUCGAGGGUUCGAUUUCAUCAUACUCCAUCCGGAGACAGUUCACUGCACAGUCACUAAAUCUUUUUUGUAGUGUUCCUCCUAUUAUUCCCGUAAAGCUUUUUUUGAUGGAGGGUCAAAUUCUUUUCUCAUAUUCAAAACACCAUGCAGACCACCAAAAAAAUCGGACCAGUGCAAAGUGUUCUGUGAUCCCCCAUCACCUUGUUGAAUAAUCUCUUUGUUCGAGUUAUUUUGAAGUGACCAGAUUAAGAAUGGGGCUGAAUCAGGGUAACUAACUCAGCAAAGCCGAACGUUUUGAGCAGCAAUUGCCUUUUGCAAAAAAUCAUUUCCACUGGAAUUACAUAAUACCAAAAAUUGUUCAUUUUUAGUCUUAUUCUUGCUCGUUGUCAGCGUGGAAAGUCCAAGAAUUUUCUCUUCCGCACGUCUGUUGACACUAUGAUUCAGCAUAAUCAAAAGCUCCGCGUGAAUCUGGAUGAAUCGUAACAGUUUAGUGUAAUUUGGGCAAAUCGAGGUUAACCUUGAGAAUUGUUGAGUUAUCUUAAAAAGAACUCUAACAUUGUGUCCUCCAGUUUUUAAAAGAGACUCAACACAUUUGAAUCAGAGGAGGGGGGCCUUAAUCGUUGCAAAUUCUUCAAGUAUCAAGAAGUUAAUGAAAUCUGUGUGCGCCCAGCAUAAUCAACAAGUUGUCCUUUCAGGAUAUUAGAAUUAUCUCUCUAAUAAUUCCCUCAGUUGUUAUGUAGUGUCAGUGAUCGUAGUUCUUCUAAACUUAGCAAAUUCAGUAACCUAAGUUUCUUGUCAUUUUGCCAGCUAGUGUGCUGUAUCUUAACUGUUACUAUUCCUGAGAAUAGCAGUACAACACAUGCUUUGUCUGUUCUGCAUCUAGGACUUUUCUAUGAUUGUUAACUUCAUGCGUAGUUCUAGUAAUAUCAUCUGCAUUUUAUUUAUUAAGUAAAGUGUAAUUAAUUUCAGUUUUUGACUAAAGUAUUGUUUUACUUUUGAUAUGUUUCCUUUUUUUGUAAAUACAUCAUGCAUCUUAUUAUUAAAUUUUCUUUUUUUAAAAACGA